AUGCACACACGUUCACACAACGUGGAGGGGCAGCUGCUGUGUGUUAAGGGAGAGGAUGAAGUGGGGAAAACACGAGGAGAAUAUGAUACCGGGUGCCUGGAAGUGAAUACAGUGAGAAGAACCAAGAAGCGCUGGUUUGCUGAGCAAAAAGGGAGGCAGAUUGGGGAACUGGCGAGCCCCAACAGAACGAGGGCUGUCGCGGGAGGCAGCUCGGAGCCGAAAGCCUCGGGGCCGGUGCUGAGUGGAUCGGCGCUAGGGCCCGGGGCGAGUGAACGGAUUGGGCGCAAGCGACGCUCGCCGCCAGGCCCGCCUGGGGCCAACGCUGGGCCGGGCGGCAGGGGCCGCGGUUCCCAUGGAGACGGUCCCGCCUCUCAGACAGGCGUUGCCCGCCGUCGUUCCCGAUAUGUGAUAAGGAUAACAAGGAAGAGAGAAGAAAGGUCAGCGUCUAGAAAGCAAAGGCAGUCUGAGGCAAGGAAUGAGGAACUAGCUCAUGCUGCCAAGGAAAAGGAUGAAAUGCCAGCUUCAGUGAAAGAUGUCCAAAUAAAACAAUUUAAAAUGUUGAAGCAGCAGAUAAGAGAACUCCAGAUGAGACAAACAAGUCUGGAAAUUGAGCUGUGCAAAAGAGAAUGGAGUCCCAGUGCUUGUUUAAGAGAGAAGGAUGCUCUUAUUAGAAAGUUUAAACAACAACUGUCUCUGGCAGCUGAGCGAGAAUGGAUUUUGGAACAGAGUAAAAGGCAAGCAGUACUGGACUGGCAGCAGCUCUGUGAGAAUGCUGAAAGUAAAUGGUAUCAGAAAGCAGAGGAUCUAACACAAAGUCUGUCUUCAGCAAGAGAGCAGAUAUUUCAGUGUGACGAUACAAGUUCUGUGAGCAAAGAUACUCCUACCUUGGAAAUAAAAAAGUUGCAGGAGCAGAAUGCCAACCUUCGGGCUGCUGUUGCACAAAUGAGGAAAGAAAUGGAGAGUCUUGAUGAGCAGAUGAUGUCCCCUCUUCCUCUGACAGAAAACAGACAGCUUGCAGAGCAAGGUUCAUUAUGCACAAACAAAAUUUCAACUGGAACUGUUAUGAGUAAUAUCAAAGUCAGCUCAACUAACUUGGAUUAUAUAGUAAACCCAGACACAGAAAAGGGGCCAAAACCCAAAGGUCUUGAAGAAAAAAUGGUAGAUCUUGGACAACAGUUACCUGACAUAGGUCCUGGUGUUGGUCUUCAGUAUGGUGUCAGAUGCACUCCACAAGGAAUGCAAAAUAAACUGAAGGAAGCAGCAAGAAAAAUCUCAAUUCUGGGCCAAGAGAAGCAGCAGCUGAUUGAAAUGGGAAACAGACUCAGGGCAGAACUCAGAAUGCUAUUAAGGGAAGGACUUCGGCAUCCUGUUAGCUGUAGGCGCUGCACAGUUUGCGUUGCUUCUGGUAGUCUUUUUCCAAGAGAGCUUGUCAAAAGAACACAGUGUCAGCUAUCAGCUUUAAAGCAUCUACAGCACAGGCUUACAACACAGGAACUGCAGUAUGCAAAGCAACAGCAUCCCUCAAGCAUCUCUUCUCUAAUUGCCUGUCCUAGCUUAAAGGAAGAAGGAGCUCCAAGCAGCUGUAGAGAAGAAACAGAAUUACCAUCCACUGAGGUUCAGCUGUAUUUCUCUAUUGAAACUCGAGGUCCAGAGCAACGAAAGGCAGAUACAUGCUCAAAGAUCAUUCAAAGCCAGCCAUUCAGGCAGAGUCCUUGUCAAGCCCAGCAGAUUCAGCUUUCUUCAUCUAGAACACAUAGUUUCUGCCAAGGCAUCUGGCAAACAUUAGGAGUGGGAUCAAGCCCUUCUGCUCUCAGUUCUCAGAAGAACACAGACCAAGUGGAGUUCGAAGUUAUGCGUUCAACUGAGCAACCUGAAGAAUCUCAGCAAAACAUCAAAUCCAAGGAUAAACUUGAAAUGCCAGCUGCAGAUUUGACAGUCAGAGGAACCAGACUGGAAGCUCAGCAGAAGUUAAAAUCCAGAAAUUUAUAUUGUGCUCAUCCCAUUAAACCAAAAAUCUCUUCUAACAUGGCAAAAAUCCGCAACUAUAAUAUUAAAGACUGAUUUCUUUGUUGGCAGCAAGUUCCAGGUCCACACUUGCUAUUACCUUACUUUGAAAUCUAUAAAUCAGACGUAAAUAUUGGCUUCAUUUUUGCAUGUUGAAUUGGGACAUUUGCAGCCAGAACAGAGAAAUACCCUGUCUCAUACUGUGAACCCUAAAAUAAAGGGUUAAUCUGUGUAUACUACGAGAUUACAGUCUUCACUGUUAAUACUGAUUUAUUUUAAUUAUAUAUGUUAAAUAUUGCUUGCGUCAUGGAUUUAGAAAUGCCCAGUUAAUACAUGUGUAAAGCCUUGUGCCUUUAGGCAGGACUUCCAGGUCUUUAGCAAAUACUUUGUUGAGAAACUGUAGAUGUGAUUUAAGCUUAGAAUUGGUCUGCCUCAACCUACCCAUUUUCUUAUAACUAACAGUGCAACCGUUAAUCCUGGGCAGCUAUCUUUCUACUUGAAAGCGAGGGGUUUAAAAAGAUUACACCUGAAUCUGUAUUGUUUCUCAUCUUCUGUAGCUCUUUUCACUUGUUCAGACAGCAUGAAAGAGUAUAAAAUUAAAGUUCCACUGCCACACCAGUAAUUAUGUUUUUCUUUAACAAGAGAUUGUAUAGAGUUUAAAGCAGUGAAAAACAUGUUCAUUAGCAACACUUAGAAUUGUACAGGAUUACUGUAAUAAAUAAGUCUUACAACAGAUGAAACUAAAAGAAAAUUUGAAUUAAUUGUGAUGUAAUGGGGAUACCUAUGUUAUAUAGAUACGUUAUGAACAUGCCAGGAUAUUGAAACAAGUAAUCAGUGUAUUUUUGUAACAUUUCCAGUAAUGCUGAGCCAUCUUGGGAUGUUACAGUGAUGGACUUUACUAUAAGUAUAGGAAAUACAUAUGAAAAAUGCAAGAAAACACUUUUUUUUUACUGUGAGAAUGGUCAAGCACUGAAACAGUUUGCCCAGGGAAGAUAUGGAGUCUAUCUGUGGAGAUACUCAAAACCCAGCUAGACGUGGUCCUAGGCAGCCUGUUCCAGCUGACCCUCCUUGAGUAGAGGGAUUGGACUAGGUGAUCUCAGGAGGUCUCUUCCAACCUAAGCGGAUCUGUGAUUCUGUGAGUAAUAUCACUGAAGUGAAUAAUACCUCUCAGUUGCUGCUAAAAACAUAUAAAAUCUAAACAGGAUUAAUGAAGGAAGCUACUUAUCCAUGAGUGCUUUUUUCUCUGUAGCACUUUUCUUUUUAGAAAUGCUUUCGGGGUACUCUUUGCAAACAGCUGUUCUCUUUGGCAUCUAACAAUGUGGUAGUAAUAGUUUUGAGAAUUUGAAUAAUUAUUUUUCUACUCCCUGCUGAAAAUGUUUUGCUUUCAUACAAAGGUGUUAGGAUAUUAUAAUCAGAUGCUAAAUCUGGAAUAAAUUUAAUUGAGAUGUUACCAAGCCAAUAUGAGGCCUGAGAGACCUUAUGAGCUUCUUUUUAAAUGAUUUAAUUGCUUGAAAAUCCUGUCAUUGAAUUCAACAUUUAACAUUGUUCAUGAGCCGGAACAACAUGAUGCAUUCCCUUGAACCAAACCCUGAAUGAGCUCUUUCUGUAGCUCAAAGCAUAGUGGUUUCUAACAAGUACAAGAAUUUUGGCCCAGAUCACACCAGUUACAGCUCUCACUAGUUAUUUCUAGAACACGAUGUAUAAAUUCCAAAGUUUUUAAUAGCUGUAGGUUAUCCUGAAAAAUUUUUAUUUCCAAUUCCAUGUUUAGUAUUGAAUCAUGGAGAUGCACAGUAUUUCCCUGCUAUGAGAUUCUGUGCAUUUACAGGUGUUAAAAGCAGUGUGCUCUGUGGAGCAGUUUGUUCUACAAUCUUUGUAACGCUGCAUCUGAGCCUGGAAAACAUUAUUCAUUGCAUCACGGAUAUAAGAUCAUGGGCUGCAGACUUCAGAAAUGCCAUUGUGUAGGUUUCUUUGCAGGUUUUUCGUUUUUUUUUUUGUUUGCUUGUUUGAGGAGUUUGGGGAUUUUUUUGUGUGGUUGGUUGGGGGGGGUGUCCAUCCAUCUGGCCAUCUGUCCGAGUAUGUCACCUGGCAUGCCUGAUCAUGCAGACCUCUUGCAACUUUAACUUAUUCAGUUUUCCUGAGAAACAGGUUUCCUUAAGGCAACUGUAGGUAAGCAAAGAUGAUAGCUCUGGUUUAUUUAAUUUUGUCAUAGAAAAAAAAGUAGUUCAAUCAUUGUACAUUCAUUUCAGAGUACCUGUAAGAACAAAGCAUAUAAGUAUGGUGAAAAUUAACAAAGUAUGCAGAAUAAGAAUAAAUAACAUGAAUAUA